GCAGCCUCCCAUUUCCUCUUCCUUCUCCAAGUAUCAUGCCAAGGCAACGAGAACUUGGAGAGGCCAACACACACAGCUCAAGGUGUAUCUGCCGCUACAUAUGUGUUGGCACAUCUUAUUACUCGGCUUAGAUUGGUCACUGACAGUGAUACCUAAGUUGCUGAUAGCAUACAUGGCAUUGUUUGAUGGUGCAAGCUAUGGUCAGUUGGUCACAUCUGCAUAUAAAGUGUUUGUUGGUACAUGGAAUGUAGGAGGAAUCCCGCCGUCCGAUGAUCUUGAUUUGGAGAAUUGGAUGGACACCAGUAAUAACUCUUAUGACAUAUAUGUUCUUGGGUUCCAGGAGAUCAUACCACUUAGAACCAGGAAUGUCCUUGGUCUGGAAGAGAGUAAGAUGGCCGGGAAGUGGAACUCCAUCAUAGGUGCAACAUUGAACAAGUCCCUACCCGAACAAAGGCCUACUCAGAUGUUUGAACCAGUGGAGCAUCGUAAGGUGUAUCCUGUGAAGGAUGGCUACCAUAGGGAGAGAGAGGCUGGAGAUUUCAGGUGCAUUAUAAGCAAGCAAAUGGUUGGAAUUUUGGUCUCAUUAUGGAUUAGGAACGAUCUUUUGGACUACGUUAGUAAUCCAAGUGUCUCAUGCAUUGGUUGUGGCAUCAUGGGCUGCUUAAGGAAUAAGGGUUCAGUGUCUGUUAGAUUUUGCUUGCAUGAAUCAAGUUUCUGUUUUGUUUGCUGCCAUUUGGCUUCGGGAGGAAAGGAAGGAGAUGAGAUGCGUAGGAACUCAAAUGUCAUGGAUAUACUGUCGAAGACAUGCUUUUCCAGUGACUCUUCUAAUGAUUUGCCGAAGAAGAUCCUUGAUCAUGAUCGAAUAGUGUUGUUUGGGGAUUUAAACUACAGGAUCUCCUUGCCGGAAGCCAAGACAAGGUCACUGGUGGAACAAAAGGAGUGGAACAUCUUGUUAGAUCAAGAUCAGCUAAGAUUAGAGUUAUCCGAGGGCCGAACACUUGAAGGUUGGAAUGAGGGUGCCAUCACGUUCUCUCCCACCUACAAGUAUCAUCCGAACUCCGAUCAGUACUGCUGGGAAGUUCCUGGUAUUAUAGGAGAAAGAAGACGAGCUCCUGCGUGGUGCGAUCGAAUACUGUGGCUGGGUGAGGGACUGAAGCAAAUCGAGUACGAACGAUGCGAAUCGCAGCUGUCCGACCACCGACCAGUUCGAGCAAUCUUCACUGCUGAAGUCGACGCCGUCGUCCUGCAAUCUUCGAACGCCAUGGAUGGGCAGGGUGGUGUAAGAAAUGGGUGAAGAAGUAAUCUUUGGGUGCUGCAGUGCUGAGUCUUUCAGAUGCUGUAGUUUAACGAGCUCACUUGUUUCAUUGUCAGACGACAAGAACUAAUCCAAUAUCGUGACAGAGAUCUGACACCGUGACCUGCACCAUAAGAGACAGUGGCUGGUGGAGAAGGUUGUCUCCUGCUGCAAUGAUUGGCAAUAACUUAUUCACUGAAAUGUAGUGUUGACAUAACGCCAUUUGCAAGAAGACGAACAGAAAACCAAUCAUGAUCGACCUUCUUUUAUUGUGGGCGAUUUUGUCUUCAUCACUCCCCAUCUUGCACGCAAAGAUACUGGCAUGCAGGAUGCAUGCAUGGUUGAGAGGUCCUGCAUAGAUGAAAUGUGGCAGAUUCUAACCAAAUCUGGCUGUUGCAUGCCAAGUAGAUGAAAUGUCUGAUCCUUCGACAUCGUAAA